AUGUCAGACUGCAACAUUUUACUACUUUAUAGAGUCUUAGAGCUGUACAGGAUUUUGGACGCUAUUUUCGUAUUCGGUACCUUUAUUGCCGUCAUCUGGUGCUCUGUUGCUAAACUCGAUCCUCUCGUCUCUGAUGUUGUGCUAUUAGCAGGAUUUUUGCGGCUUAUUCGUUUGCCACGACUUUGCUGUGGGCUAACAAGCGUAGAGAGCGCGCAGUAUCGGGCAACAAUCACCUUCUACCAACAAGACGAAUCAUUCCACCAACACAGCUUAAACAUCUUGCAACACAGACUCGAAUUAAGCGAAAUCGAGUUGCAACAGCUACGCCAGUUUGUCCACACAACGCAAGGACCGGGGUCACAGCUAUGCUCUUCUCGAGAUUACAGUGAAGGCAGCGGAACCACCAAGUACUACUGGAAUGGCGCUGAACACGAGACGUUAGGAUUGCGUCUUCAAAAUCUUAGAAAAGUCCCUUUAAGCGAGGAAUUCGAGGGUGAUGGUUUGACCUCGGGUGGGUUUUUUCCUAGAAUGCAAAUACUCCUGCAAUCAAAAGUUCAUAAUUCACCUUUAGACCGAUUUUUUUCUAGGAAUAUCAAAAGAUGUCUUUUUUCAAAACUCAUACAAAUGAUGACUGGACUUCUAUUUAUUUUGGUUAACUACAUAAAAUAA